GACCGGUGUCUACACUGAGUGAAGGUCAUGGAGGGAAGUGGAGAUGGCGAUGUAGAAGUUCCUGAGAUAGAAACAUUGUUUCGCCUAGAUAGCUAUUUAAAACCGCACGAACGUGAAAUUCGAAGAAGAUAUGGUUGCUUCCAAAAGAUCUUACAGAAUAUAAAUGAAAUAGAAGGUGGUAUCGCCAACUUCAGCACAGGCUAUGACACUUUUGGAGUUCACCGUACAAAAGACAACGGAAUCUGUGUAACAGAAUGGGCUCCUGGGGCCGAGGGAAUUUUUCUUCGAGGAGACUUCAAUGACUGGAAGUUUGAAGACAAGUAUGCAUUCAAGAAGCUAGACUUCGGGAAAUGGGAACUAAAAAUACCACCAGAAGCAGACGGCUCCUGUCCCAUCAAGCACUGCAGCAAGCUGAAGCUUGGAAUGAAAACAAGAUCGGGGCAAAUAGAAGAUCGAAUAUGUCCAUGGGCCACACACGUCAACAGACCAAAAGAUGUUGCAAUAUAUGAACAGUUAUUUUGGGAUCCUCCCAAAGAUCAGAUUUAUCAUGCCAAACAUCCUCACCCACCAAGAGCUGACAGGUUACGCAUCUACGAGUCGCAUGUUGGCAUUGCAUCAUGGGAAGGCAAGGUAGCGACAUAUAAAGAGUUUACUCAGAAUGUUAUACCAAGAAUUGCAGACUUAGGUUACAAUGCUAUUCAGAUGAUGGCUGUCAUGGAACAUGCGUAUUACGCCAGUUUUGGUUACCAGAUUACCAGUUACUUUGCAGCAUCUAGUCGAUACGGAUCUCCUGAAGACUUGAAGGAGUUGGUUGAUGUGGCACAUUCUCAUGGAAUAAUCGUUCUUUUGGACAUUGUACAUAGUCAUGCCUCCAAAAAUGUUGUUGAUGGUUUGAAUAACUUUGACGGCACAAGUGCAUGUUUCUUUCAUGAUGCAGGACGUGGGACUCACGAUCUCUGGGAUUCAAGACUGUUUAACUACACAGAGUGGGAAGUAAUGCGAUUUCUGUUGUCCAAUUUACGAUGGUGGGUAGAGCAGUACAAGUUUGAUGGAUUCCGGUUUGAUGGUGUAACAUCCAUGUUGUAUCACACACAUGGGAUGGGUCAUGGCUUUAGUGGUAACUACAAUGAGUACUUUGGUAUGAACACAGACACAGAAUCUCUAGUCUAUCUGAUGCUAGCCAAUUACAUGCUGCACACACUCUACCCCUUCAUGAUCACAAUAGCAGAGGAUGUGUCGGGGAUGCCCGCGCUGUGUCGUCCUGUCCGGGAAGGAGGUGGUGGAUUUGAUUAUAGACUCGCCAUGGCUUUACCAGACAUGUGGAUCAAAUACCUGAAAGAGAAGUCUGAUGAGGACUGGGACAUAAAUUACAUCGUUCACACGCUGACCAACCGAAGAUAUUCGGAGAAAUGCAUUGCGUACGCCGAGAGCCAUGACCAGUCCCUGGUCGGGGAUAAGACCCUAGCAUUCUGGUUGAUGGACAAGGAAAUGUACACACACAUGGCCGUGUUUUCUGAGAACACUCCAGUAAUUGAACGAGGGAUAGCAUUGCACAAGAUGAUUAGACUGAUCACUAUAGGGCUUGGAGGAGAAGGCUAUUUGAACUUUAUAGGCAAUGAGUGGGGUCAUCCCGAAUGGCUGGACUUCCCUCGAGCUGGUAACCAGGAAAGUUAUCACUAUUGCAGACGACAGUGGCACUUGGUAGACGACGACACUCUCAGAUACAAAUUUCUUAACAAUUUUGAUCGUGACAUGUUGCAUCUGGAAGAAAAGUAUUCUUGGUUAAACCACUCACAGAACUAUGUGAGCUGGAAGCACCAGGAUGACAAGGUUGUAGUUUUUGAGAGAGCGGACAUCUUGGUCUUCAUUUUUAAUUUCCACCCAACAAAGAGCUUCACCGACUACAAGAUAGGUGUACAGGUACCAGGAACGUACAAAAUAGUGUUGGAUUCUGAUGAAGAGAAGUAUGGUGGUCAUAAACGCCUGGACCACAACACAGAAUUUCACACUUUCAACGAACCAUGGAAUGGUAGAAAAAACCACAUGUUUGUGUACGUUCCAUGCAGAACAGCUUUUGUCCUAGCGAAGGUUGAUUAGAGAAGAUCAGUUGUACCAAAUUCUUGGGAACAAAACGUAGACAUAUUAACAGUGCUUGUCAUCCAGCAUUUUAAUUAUAUGGUGCUAUGAUAAUUUCACUGAAUAGUUAGCAUGUUGCUAUGUAAACAAUGCAUUCAUGUUUGCUUUUUAACUCACUACAAUGCCACUGUUGUUGUCGAUCAUGCUGUUGACAGUUAGUUAUAAUAAAUGCAAUGUCAGUUUAAAAAAGAACUUUACCAACAUAAUAUUACCACCAGUCAGAAUCCUCUGUCUGCAAAUCAGUAAUAGGGCAUUUCUUGAUUUGUUUACAGUGUGAAUAAACUUUUAUAUGGGAAAUAGACAAAAUGCAGCUCCAAUAGAUAUAUACAUUCAAAAGGAAAAUCCCCAAACCUUUUUGUAACUGUUUGCUGUUAGAUGACCAUAUAGUUUAGGGCUAACUGUGGGUGAAAAGAAAAUGUUACUAAAUUUUUUAUGAAACUUAAAAAUUGCAGAAACCCCCAGUUAUUUUGUUAUUUUCCAACAAAAUAUAUUUCAAUACAUGAAAUUAAUUUGUACCAUUUUCAAAUAAAAUUUGCCAACGUAGACUUAGCCCUAUAGCUAUUUAACAGACAUUUUUUUCAAGCAAUACAAAGGUGUCUGAAAUUUUAAAUGUACUUUUAAAAAAAGAUUUUACUUUGACAGCUAAAAAUACUGAACGUACCUUCAUUCGAUUUGAUUAUUUGAUUAGCCAAUUGCUUGUUUUUAUCCAAAGUGGCUACAGCAUUUAGUCUUUGGCUAAUAAAAUACAUGUAUUCCUUAAAUUAACCAUAUUUUAAUAAUUUUCAAGGAAAUAAUCUACAUACCUGAAAAUUGGCUAAACAAAAAAAAAAUCCUGUGUUUUAGUUUUAGGAAAAUUUGUAUCACUUUACAAAAAUGUUUUUAGUGCUACUGUUAAUUGUUUACAAACCGGUGAUAAUACUCUUGUUUUAUUGUUUGCGUGUUAUAAGUAAAGUAGUAACUCUUGAUAUAUGUGGGGGUUUUUAAAAAUCAGAUGGCGAUUUCAAUACUAAUACAUGUACCCGGUAUGUUACAUUUGUUAAAUAUAUAAAAAUGCAAAAUAGAGGAUAUAAGAUGUUAUUACCGGUACUUGUUAUCAAGUUUAUAUCUCAAAUGAAAUAGUUUUCACUUGUCACAAGUUUUAGUCGGUAUCAGAUGAAAAUUAUUUUACAAAUAAUAUAAUUCUGAUAAUAACUGGCAUUGGAUUUACAUGUAUUAUUAUAUUAUGACCUCAUGUGUGAGUGGAAUUUCAUACAUGUGUAUAGAAAUUAAGUAAGCCAUACUUCAUAUUCCAGGCCUCAAAUUGCAGGCCAUUUGGCCUAGAUCGAUGGAGAGACAUUAUGGGGCAGAGCAACAAGGCAAACUUAAAUAAGUGUGAACAGUUUUUGUGAUAAAACAACAUUCAAGAUGCAGGCACAGAUGCAGGAUCCGCUACUGAGAUGUAUGAUGACUAAUUACUAACAUACAUUUAAAAAAUCCAUAAAACAAAAAUAGUUUCAAAAUAAAAUAUAAUUACAAAUUCACACUGAUAAUAAAGAUAUAUGCACAUGCAUAUUAUUUCAAAUAAGUGAUGUCAUUCCCAUGUUUGAAAUAUUGGGAUCACACAUUUAGUACUUACAAAAGUCAUAGAUUAGUACAUGCGUAGUUAAAUUGUCCAGUAGUGUGAUAUGUUAUACCAAUGAGUAAUAUUUUCAUUGUUACAAGUGACCGCUGGGAUAAUAAAAUGCAAUAUGUCUGGCUCACAAAUCUCUAAUGACAUAUUAACUAUAUAUUUACUCUUGAGGGACCAAUCAUAUAAUUAUGACAACUUAAGAGAUGACAAAUUUCAAACUGUCCAAGGUUCAAGAAUUUAUGGAAUCUGAUGUUUGCAAAUAAAAAUAUUGUCAUUGGAAAAAAAAAUUAAUAUGGGUUUUAAUGAAUGGCAAAAGUUAUAGCCUAAAGGGCCCAAUGAAUCUCUUCUACAGUCUUAAAAGACCAUGUAUAGCCACCCUUGAUGACAAAUUGUACAUUUGAAUAAUUACUGUGUCAAUUAUCAGUAUUCUUAAGACUUGACACAUCCCAUCAUAACGAAGGUUGUGAUAUAUGUUUUCUUUUUCUCAUUUCGAGUGAAUUUAAAUUGUGAUAUGACACAUUUUGUUCUCAAGUUAUAUAAAGAAAUUGGCACAUUUGAGUGGUUAUGGCUAUUAAAAAAAUUAUCCGUUGCGAGUGUAGGGUAGGAGACACUCUUUUUCUUUCUUUUUGUCCCUCCAUCUAAACUAACACUAACAUCAAACUAUCCAUGAAACAAAACCUACGCAGCUUACCAGCAAAAACAUGUUUUUCUCGAACGUCAUGUUAUGAUUUCUGGAAUAGUCCAUGUAAUUGUAUCAUUGUCAAUACACUUUGGAUGGGACUUGUUUGUGGGGCCUUUUUUUGGGGGGGGGGGGGGGGGGGGGGGGAUGAGAGAUGGAGGUUUUUGUGAAAUGUUUUUGUUAAUACUAAUGUUAUAUUGUUGUGACAUACAUAAUUACAUACAUACAUGUUUUACUUAUUUUGGAUUGGUGUAUUUAAAAACACCAAGAUGUGUUUGCUACGCACUGUCUGUAAGCUAUUGAUGUUAUAUCAGCAAGCUGAAAGUGCCAAUAAACCAUUAUAUAGUAA